AUGAUUAUAUUAUGUACACACGAAAACUCUGAGAAGGACACAAAUAAUAAUAUUGAAAGUAAUAAUAAUAGUAUUAAUAGUAAUAUUAAUAACGUGAUAUCAAAAAUCAAAAUUUCAAAGCCAUUAUUUUGCCCGUCCAAAAUAAUCGCUGCUACAAAUAAGCCAUCAACACCAAGUUCCUCGUCAAAAGACAAUAAAAAUUUAUUGGAAGAAUACCAAGAUUCCUUCCAGUAUCCAAGUGAUUCGAAUGAUUACAAAGUAUCAAAAACACUUGAUGGAAAACCUUUGAACAACAAUGAUCAAAUAAAAGGUGAAGAUCUUGACUCCUUAGAAGAUGUCGAAAUAGAUGAUGAUGAUGACAUUUGUAGAUCCGAUGAUGCUGAUGCGGACGAUGAAAAUUUCAGUUACGAGGCAGAAGUGAUAAAUUUACCCGAAGCUUCUGAUUCGUUAGAGAAUGAAAUUAACAAGUUUAUCCAUAAAGUCAAGGAUCAAGUAACAUUCAAGUCCGCCUUGAAAAAGUCGAAAAGUAGAGAUGAUGGUAGGACAUCCAAGGUAACUUUUAGAUCAGAAAAGGAUAAUAGUGGUACCGACAUAGAAUACGUCUACCAUUAUGCUAUGGACGCCUCGACCGAUAAUGACUUUGAAUGGUAUGUCUUAUGGAAGCAGAAAAAGAAGAAAAGUAAGAAAAAAAAGAAGAAAAGGAAAAAAAAAAUAUAUGUAUUGAAGUCCCAUCGUAAAAGUAAAGAUGCUGAUGAUGAAGACGGGGAAGACAAUUAUAACAAUGAACCUAAUAAAGAUGAAAAUUCGGAUAAAGAUGACAAUUUGGAUAAAGAUGACAAUUCGGAUAGAGAUGGAAACGAGGAUUUGAAUGAUCCCCCAUAUGAGGGCAAUGAGGAUGUAGGGGAGGAGUAUGAAGAUUGCUCACAAGAAUCUUUAACGGAUACUGAUAAUAAUGAUGAUAAAGAAUUACCUACACAACCAUUCAGCCAUAUUUUCGGCAAGACAUCUUUAAAUCAACCAUCCCGAAAUUUCCCCCUUAAUCAAGGUGGAAAUAGAAUACCCUCGUCGACAUUCUAUCCCAAAAUGUAUGAGUUCAAAUCCUUUAAUAAAUUUAUCGAGAAAGAACGAGCAAAAAAAUUUCAACGUUUUUUACAGCAACUAAGGUUAAAUACUAUAAAAAAAACGCUGAAGGCAUCAAAUAUUUUCAACAAAGAAUAG